GUGACUAGCAGUAUUAUAGAAUGAGUCGUCAACGUACCGUGAUUAUAUUCAAAUCGGAAUCGGAAAGCACCGAAGUAUAUGCUGCCGAACUGCAGCGACACUUUUUCCAUCCCAUUUUUGUGCCCACCUUGAGUUUUGGUUUUAAGAAUCUUGAGAAGCUUCAUGCCAAGCUACAGCAUCCCGACGACUAUGAGGGUAUCAUCUUUACUAGUCCACGUUGUGUGGAAGCCGUUAUCAAGGCAUUAGAUAAACAGGAACUGCCAGGUGGUUGGAAAAUGUUGCGUAAUUUUGCCGUUGGUGAGGUGACACACAAUAUGGCCCACGAUCAUUUACAUCAAUUGUUUACGCACGGUAAACAAACCGGAAAUGCUCGUGCCUUGGGACAAUUCAUAAUCGAAACGUUUGAUGGCGACAAAGAAGCUCCCUUCCUGUUGCCCUGCAGUAACUUGGCCCAGGACACAUUGAGUGUUAUGCUACGUGAUGAAGGAUUUCGCAUUGAUGCCUGUGAGGUGUACGAAACUAAAUGUUGCCCCGAUUUGGGUGAAAAAAUGGAGACCGCUCUCAAAGCGGAUAAUAUAGAAUUUUUGGCAUUCUUUUCACCGUCCGGUGUUAACUGUGCCUAUGAAUAUUUCAAGGCCAAGGAUAUACCAAUGGAUAAAUAUCGUUUGGUUGCUAUUGGUCCCAGCACACGACGUGCUCUGGAAAAUAAAGGCCUGAAAGUAUACUGUACUGCCGAACGGCCAACCGUUGAACAUUUAAUUAAGGUUCUAAUUAAUCCCCAAGAAAGUCGAGAGAAUCUAUUAAAGGAAUCACAACAUCAACUACUUGAGUAAUUUGGCAAUAAGUAAUAUUUA